AUGGGGUGCCAAGUGUCAGGUGAUUUUUUAACUGAUAUAUUUACCGAUGCAGUGACUCAGGUCUUCAACUUGAUUGUCUUUGGAGUCAUCUGUCAAGUAACUAGUAUCUUUGGUGUGGCGACAAACAUAAUUAACAUUGCAUGUUUUAUCAAACAAGGAUGUCACGAUCCGGUUAACGUCCACUUUAUUG